AUGAAUAAUGCGAAAGCAGAGAAGCUAAAAGGAGGGAUAGCAGGCUACGUUGACAAUCUUGUUAAAUUCAAAGCAAGAGGGGAUCGGCUGGCUAAUCUUGACAGAGAGAUCAAAAAUCUUAAUGGUAAAAUCUCAGAUGUUCAACUAAACAUCAAGAAAGAAAUAGUCAGCAUAACCAGGCUUGAGAUCAUCAGGAUCAUGAUUGAGAAAGAAUUCAGAAGACUGAUUGAAGAAAAAGUCUCUGCUGUGGAUCCUGUAAAAUUCGAACUCCUCACUGAGAGAGUCUCCAGACUUGAGAAUAAGGAAGAAGUAGAUAUAAUCGAUAUCUUCAUGAAAAGACUUGUACAUAAAGUCGAUAAAGCUGAAUUCAGAAAGUUUUAAAAGCAGCAUCAUCAGCCAUGCUGAAUUUGAUGCAUUGAAAAAGAAACAAUAUGGUGUCGAAGCGCAAAUCGAGAAGAUGCAGAAUGAGAUUUAUAAUCUUAAAAAGGAAAAUAAAGGAUUAGCAGAACAUCUUGUUGGCAAAGAUUCAGAAAGUUCUGGAAGUGACCUAUCAGAGGAAGAUGUUGACCCAAUUAUUAACCUAGCCCAUGCGGAAAACUUAGCUAAAACUCUUGUUCCAGGGGUGAAUGCAAGCUCAACAACUAGUUUGCUCAAUUACCAUCCCCAGAAUAUUCUUGGAAUUACUAAUAAAUAAGUUAAAGAUGGUUCCUUCAAGUUCAAAUAAGGAACUCAACUUGAUCCGGAGCAAUCCGAAAACAAGGAAUCUUCUCGAAGAGAAUAAUUCAGGGAAUGCUUCCCUCAAAUCUGAAGUGUCAUUCUCCAGGACGAACGAUGUGGAUGUUGACACUAUCAGUCUGCGUUCAAAGAUAGGGAAGGUCAAGGGUCAGAAAAGAUUACUUAAGUACAUAGACCUGUCUAAUAAAAAGAUCAUCUCUAUGUACCACGACCUAGUUGGAGAACUCCAUUCUGUUCAUGAAAAUCUGAGCCAAAGGAUAAGUGAGAGCAAGCAAAAUACAAUCCAGGAAUUCAAGGAUUAUUCCCCAGAGAUCAAUAAAGUCAAUAUGGAGAUCCAUAAUAUCAAAGAGAGAGUCACCGCAAAGGACAAGGAAGUCAAAACAGACAACAAGGAGAUUUAUGCAAAAGUUGAUAAGGUCAAGAAAGAAGUAGACCAAAGAAUCGUGGACUUUCAUGAGAAAAUCCUCGAAAUUGAUAGCUUCACUAAAAGAAUUGUGAAGCUCUAGAGUCAGCACAUUCUGAAUUCGGGUCUUUCAAGCUCUCGGUGAAUAAUCUGAAAUCAGCAUAUACAAAAUUAGCAUCUAAGUUUCAUAAAAUUAGUUCAGUGCUGGAAUCAUGAAGCAAGGAUAUUAACACAGUUAAGAAACAGACCAAGAAGGAGAACAACCAUAUUAGAAGCCUUAGUGAGGGUAUAAAAGACCAGAUUGAGGAAUACAAAAUUGAUAUGAUGGGGAAAUUUGAACAGUGUAGACAUGAAACAAUGGGGCUGAAUCGGGAACUUCACCGCAAGCUUAAAGACCGCCGGAACAGAUACCUCUCUCCUACAGUUCAACGGAAUGUUGAUAUUCAGUUUCCAAGUCUGAAGCUCUCUUUAAAGCGUAGAUUGAAAUCUUAAGUAA